AUGGGCGCACUUCUAGCAACACCAGCAUGCAUCUCAUCGUUAGCAUGCUGCUGCGGUAGUGCGGCAUGCUCUUUGUGCUGUGCAGCAUGUCCAUCUACUCGAAGCUCAUUGACUACGAGAGUAAUGUAUGCUGGAAUGUUGUUGAUCAGUACAUUUAUGGCGUGUCUGAUGCUUGCACCCGGUAUACAAGCUAAACUUGCUGAUUCAAAUUGGUUUUGUGAGGGUCUCUCCGGAAUUGCUGGAAUAAAUUGUUCUCACGCUGUCGGUUUCCAAGCUGUUUACAGACUUUGCGGAGCAGUGGUAAUUUUUUUCUUUGCGCUUAUGAUUUUGAUGUUGGGAGUGAAAUCAUCUCGUGACACACGGUCAAAAAUUCAGAAUGGUUUUUGGUUCUUCAAAUAUGUGAUUGUUAUUGGGAUCACUGUUGGGUUGUUUUACAUCAGUUCAGAAAAGAUUUCUUCGCCUUUAAUGUGGACUGGGUUGAUCGGCGGCUUUAUUUUUAUACUUCUCCAGCUUAUUUUGAUCGUUGAUUUCGCUCAUUCGCUUGCUGAAGGAUGGAUGGAAAAAUAUGAAGAGAAUGAAAGUCGCACAUGUUACUGUGGAUUAUUGAUGUUCACUUUCGUAUCAUAUUUGUUAGCUGUCGGUGCAGUUGUGCUAAUGUAUAUGUUUUACACUACGGGAAAUUUAUGUCACAUGCCAAAGUUAUUUAUCUCUCUAAAUGUCAUUCUCUGUGUGCUAGUGUCUGUUUUGUCGGUCCUUCCACGUAUUCAGGAACGAAUGCCUCGAUCAGGCUUGUUGCAAUCAUCAUUCAUUACUCUCUACGUAAUGUACAUAACAUGGUCAGCACUAAUCAAUAAUCCAGAUAAAGAAUGCAAUCCUUCGUUGAUUAACAUUUUUAGCAAUCAUACAACUCGUUAUGGCCAGGAUGUUUACGGAACACCAAUACCAGCUGAAUCUCUAGUUUCCCUUCUGAUUUGGUUUAUCUGUAUACUUUAUGCAUCAUUCCGGACGUCAUCGAGUUUCAAUAAAAUUGCAGGCGGUUCAUCACAGGGAACAGUAGAUGAUGCAGAUAACGGUUCUCAGCAAUACAUUAUCACAUCUGAAGAUAAUCUCGAAAACGGACGUGUUUGGGAUGACGAGUCAGAUGCUGUUUCAUAUAGCUAUUCAUUUUUUCACUUUGUAUUUGGGUUGGCUUCACUCUAUGUGAUGAUGACUCUCACAUGCUGGUACAAGCCGGAUAGUGACUUGCGUCAUCUAAAUAGCAAUAUGGCAGCAGUAUGGGUGAAAAUUGUGUCGUCUUGGCUGUGCCUUGCAAUUUAUGCAUGGACGCUUGCAGCACCAGCACUUUUUCCGGAUCGUGACUUUUCAUGA